AAAAUGCCCAGAAGUCUGAAGUUAAAGUAAAAAAAAAUGUGUGAACAUUAUAAGUACUUUUCCUGCCGCUGACGUACAGAUUUUACCCGGAAAGUGGAGAUUUCAAAAAUGUUUAUUUGCUGUAUAGGUAAAACAUUAUGUUCUGUUCUUGUUGCCUCGUUGUUUGUUUAACAGGUGACAGCCCUUCCCACAUCAAGGCGGACAUAAAAAAAUUAAAGAAGAAGAAGCCUGAAGCAGCAAAAGAGGAAUAUUUGUGUUACUGACGAAGACAUUUAACUGCGUAGUGAUACCACCAAUAAGAACACUAGUUUGUUUUGUUAACCUGUUUAUUAUACGCGAAGAGUACAUAUGUUUUGCAUAUGAUUACUUUUUCUAUUGAUAGACAUUAACAACUAGGGGAAAAAUACAUAUUUUGCUUUUGUUUGAGCUACUCUUCACUCACCCGACACAAAAAGGAAAAGAGUAGGAAAAUCUUGAAAUUAAAAGAAGUCCGUGUUUUAUCUUGUGUAAACAAUACAAAAACGUCUACAUAAUAGUGUUUCCAGAAAUUAUUUUUUUAAAUUAAUAUCUUUAAAUUAGCAUUUACAUGAUUGUGUUCUGUAAUAAAAUGCUGCUUAUGAAUAAGCAAAUAUUUAUCUACCGUAAAAAUGAAAGAAAAAGGUUUAAAAAUAAAACCACUCAAUGUCCAGUUGUCAUCACUUGUUCACAAAGGUGUUGACGAUAGUAACACCAGAAAAAGUUUUGUACAACAGCGUAGAAGGUGGAAGAGCUACACACAGGCAGACUGUGCUGGACUCGAGAGUCUCGCUUCCCUUUCAUUGGUUUUGCUUUGUUUUUGUUGUCCACUAACUAAAAUUAUUAAUUACUUACAAUUAUUACUGACUUCAAAGUGAUUUUUUAAGACUAUGAAAUUUUCUUUGAUUCUAUUGACCCUUUAUUUGCAUCAAUGAAGAUGAAAGAGUGUAGCUAGUAAAAGACGAUUGGUCCUAACCGCCACCGAGUAUGUACUGCGCAUGCGCCGAAUAAUUUUAAAUUUGGUAGGGCUACGGGCCUUUCUAAUGCGAUUUAAUAGUAUUAUAAUGUGAAUCUUGUGUUAACCUGGAAAUCGCAGUCAGUAUAGGUAAAAUAUUUACAGUUCCUUUUUUGUUGUAGUUCUAUAUUGCACAAAAUAAAAUUUGUAAAUACUUCUGCGCUAUGAUUCUCAAGAGAAUGUACACAUAAAAUCAAUACUGAUCAAUAAUGAAGCCGAAAAUACACACGUACACAAACAAUCGCUAAUGAAGAUAAGAUUCUUUUCUUAAGUGAUGAGUACGCUACCUAGCACAGCUUUUAUUCAAUGCAACACGUUCAGCCCUGGAUCACACCAUCCACAGUCUAAUCAGGUCUUUUCAAAAGCUGUCAUUCCAUCCCAUUUCACACACUCUUGAUUUCUUACAAUGUGGCAGAAUAACCGAUCAUGAUGUAUAAUGUGAUUCAACGAAUUUCAACAGAAAUAAGUAGAGGUCACUGUAUAUGUACAAAAGAAUUUUUAAAAAGUAAUCGAUGUAAGCUAAGCCGAUUUCUCUAAAAUAAAAGAUAAAAAGGAACGAAACGAAAAGUGGAUUGAACUACUGUGACGGGAAUUCCCAGAUUAGUAGAUGUAAUUCUAUGAACGUCACGUAAACCUGAUUGUUAUUGUCACUGCUCCGCCUGUCGUGAUAGCGAGAAGACGUUGUGAAAGAUAAGUUUCUGGACAUUUUAGUCUGAAAUAUUGAGGUAUAUUGUCAGGCCAGACAGCCAACUCUCACCUAACUCGUUCAUUAGAAGGAGCGGCAGUAAGUAAACAGUAUCAUAACAUUGCAAUACACCACAUAUCGUUAACACAUUCGCCAACAUCUGGGUCAGUGGAUACAGCAACCCGCCAUCUUUGUGACAACAGUGUGACUCAGUAACUUAGAAUCCAGGAUGGCUGAGCCACACGAAAGAGAGUGUGCUGUGUGCACAGAAGAACUCACCACACCAAAGAUUCUACCCUGUGGUCAUCUCCUGUGUCGAGAAUGUGUCAUUUCCUGGAUGGAUUCCAAACCUGAUGCCGGGUGUCCGCUGUGUAGAUGUCCUAUAGUAGAGCAGUCAGAUGGAAGUUCGUCUGACACUGUUGACGCCCUGCCGACAGACUUUGUGAUGGAAGCGCUGGUGGAGAGCGCUCGUGUGCUGAGUAAAGAUCACCUUUGUUGUGUGUGUGAGGACGUCAGGGCGGACUUCAUCUGUCUGCAGUGUCAGGACAUGUUGUGUACAGCGUGUACAAAGGCUCACAGAAAACUUUCGAUGAGCCGCAGUCACGAUGUGGAGAGUAUCAGCACUGUGACACCUGAACGUCUGGCUGCCAGCCGCCCUGCACUGUGUGCUGACCACGGUGACAAACAGGCGGACAGCUUUUGCUUCUGUCACCGACUCGUUGUCUGCAAAUCCUGUAAGGUUCAGAAACACAGUGGAUGUUUAAAAGUAAGCGAUUUUGAUUUUGAAAUACAUUCAGCUGAAAACUCACUUACCCACCUAACAAAGAUUCUGGUAGAAGCGGAGCAGAAGCUAGAGCAGGCUAUAGGUCAGGUGACGUCACGUCUACAGGAAGUUGAUGUCAGCGAACAAGAAGACAUGGCGCAAGUAGACAAGACAUGUGACCGUCUUCACAAGCUGGUGGAAGAUUUUCGUGACAAGGUAAAGGACAAGACUCGUGUAUCACAUCUUCAAAUCAGGAAUUCAUUACGUGACGUCAAGACUGCCCUUAGCAACCGUGUAGGGAAGGUGACGUCACACAAACUCAUUGUGACGCGAGCGGUGGCAGUGUCACCACGUCCUGCACUGAUACACAUGACACAGGCUCUGACAGACAGGGUCAACAGCCUUGACCUCAGCGCUGACUUGAAACAAGUGGUGUGGGAGAUACCCUUGUCAAGUGCAGAAUGGAGUCAAGAAGUUGUGGGUCGGAUAAAAAACGAGCUCCUGAAAUUGGAGCAUCUGAGGACUAAGUUUAAAAAAAAGAGUUCCUUCUCAAGCUGCUCGUUUAAAGUGGAAAAGACUGAUAAGCAAAUCAAGUUUGACCCUCAGCCACCAGUCUUUGUGUUCCAUGACAACUGCGGAAAGAACAUUCGUCUGACGAACGGUAACAGGACCGCGGAGAAGAUAGAGCUGAAUACUAUCGGUGACUGGGUGGUCGUGUCACGUGACCCUAUGUUAGCGAACGUCUUGUAUGAAGUCAGAGUGGACGCAGUAACAGAUGGGUACACCGAGCUAGCACUGGGUGUGACAACAAUUUCUCCUGCAGGCCUUACUGUGACAACAUGGUCUACUGACCUGCAAGACUCCGUAAUCAUCAUGCCAGGUUGGGUCUUGUACCAGCAAAAACAUAUGGCGAUACCGCUCACAAAAGAACUCGGGAGACUUAAAGUCGGGAGUCGAGUCGGGGUACUGGUGACCUCAUGCAACGACCUUCACCUCUACAUCAACGGACAGGACCAGGGUGUUGCAGCAAAAAUUGCUACACAACCCUGGUUUGCUGUAUUUAGUAUUAGCAGUUCAGUUGUUAAGGUGACAGCCCUUCGUACAUCUUGGAGAACAUAAAGAAUAUCAGAGAACAAGGCUUAGAGAAUAAAAGUAGAAUUUUUUUGUGAUCGAGGAUGACACCAACCUGGGAGUUGAUAUUACCAAUGAGAGCUCUAGUGAAUUUGUUUUGUCAGACUGUUUGCUAUCCAAAACAAGACGAGUACACAUUGCAUCUGUGUAGGAUUUUUUCCAGUUGAAAGAGAUUAACAAAAAAAAAAUAAAGCUACCUCCCCCUUACACACACACAUAAAGAAAAGAGGGAAAACUUUUUAGCAUGAAGAGGAGUGGGAUGAUAUAUUAUUUUAGCAAAUAUAAUAUAUUGUGUCAGCACUAUAUAAGUAUACACAUAAGUGCUGCUGUCAAUUAGUUACUUGUUAAAUACCUUGAAUCGACCUUUGGCUUCUGGUUGUGUUCAUUAAUUUUGAAAAAAGGUUGUUCAUAAGUUACUGUUUAUCAACAAUUAAAAUAAUCAUACGUUGUGUGCUUUGCUCCUGCUACAUAAUAAGUAAAAUUAUUACGUACAGUUUCUGUGCCUCUGCGUGAAGAAAAUUUCUCUAUUCAUUUGUUAAAAAAAAACUUUCCAUACUGAGUAGGUAAACACUUUCACGAGGCACUGAGUCAUAGCUCACAUCUUAAUGUUUUGCUUUAGCUUUAACGCAGUUUUGUGAAAAUGAGUGAAAUGCACAGCAGACAGUACAGUAGUUGUAAAUACACUGUACGUGACUUGUAAACACUUCUGUGGAAAGCUGCUUAACUGUGAUUUAUGGUGGCGGUGGUACGACUGAGUUUAUUGUGUGUCUUCUUCUGGUUUAAGAAAAGAUAAAAUGGCCUCUAAAAAUACGACUAAAGGAAAGCAAAAGAGAAAAAAGGGGAACUAGUAACGAUGAUAGUAUGUUGAGCAGUUCUACUCAAACACUACAAAGCUCAAAGGAUGAAAUCAAAUGUAACUGCCUGUUAGUCUCAGAAUAAACCUUUUAAUAGGAAAUAGACUUUAGAAAUUCCUUGAAUAUAAUAAUGUGCAUCAAUCUGCACUCAGGUUUGUUUUCUUCAGCUCGGUGUCACAGAGACUAAUGUUAUUGAUAUACUCAGUUGUGAUUUUAACAAUACAAUAAAGCGACUCACAGUUCAGUUAUCUGACACAUCGAUGAGCUAAGAUGUUAAACUGAUUUUAUGGGGAUUUCAUCAGUUCAUGUUUUCAGUUUGCACUUACUAAAGAUGUGUUUUCUUGUUUAUAUGGUUUUAAUAUAUCGGCUGAAAAUUAUGGUUAAUGUGUGAACCCUAUUCUUUGUCUUGGAAACACAGUCCGAUAAUACCGCGGACGUGUGUAGGUGGACUGAUUGAUGUCUGCCGAAACCAACACUAAGCCUCUUGUAAAGCUCUUCACUGUUAGUCUCAACAAUUAAUAUUACUUAACCGGAAGAUUUGUAUACCCCAGCCUCAUUUUAGUAGUUAACUGUAAACAAUCGUCACAUGCCUAAUGAAUCAACAAUGGGUGCUUUGUACUGUACUGUGCCAACCUCUGUUACUGAUGUCAUCACGUGACUUUCUAACUAGACACUAGGACUCCAUGUGUGAUGGAAUGAAUAUAGCGACUCCACAUUCUGAGACAUCCUAAAGCAACAAUGUUUAGUUGAUUUCUUACUUACUUUGUAAAAUUAUCGCUUUUUGUGAUUGUGUAUGCUACAUAUGAGUCUUCCUGCUUUGUUUUAAUAUGUGGGCUGAACAUAGGCUAUAUAUUAUAUAUUAACGCCAUCUGUUGGCUUUUGACCCUGUAAUCGAUUUUGUGUUUUAAUAUUUAGUAAAACUUAAUGAGAUUAGCAUGUGUGUUAAAGAAACUCGUUAGAAAUAAAAUCUAAUAAUAUUUAAAUUUCUAUAUCGUUUAAUUGUAUUUUCUUCUUACGCUUGGAUUCUUUAAUACACGAGGGAUUGACAGCACAAACAGACACGUGGCCUGCCUUAAAAAAUGUUUAUAAAAAUUGAUUUUUUGAAUCACUUUUUUUCUUGUUUUUCAUCAACUGUAAACAGAAGAGUAGAAGUUGAUAGAUUUGUAUAUAUAGGAACCACAACUCAGAUGUACAAAUAACGAUACACAAUCAACGACAUACACAGACUAAUAUGAUAUUUCGCUUGUAUUUUCAAGUACAGUAUAUAUAUAUAUAGCUAUUGUCUCACAUAGUGAGAUAAAGAAUGAACCUUUUUUGAAUUUUUUUUAUACAUUCUUACAUAUUUUAAUUUUUAUAUUCUUUGGGAUUCGUCAAUUGUAAGCAUAAAUUUAAAAAAAUAUUCAAUAGAAGAACUAAAAUGUAAUCACCUGUGCGUUUGAUGUUAAUCGCCAGGCAACACAGAGAGUCAAAUAUUUCAUGAAAUUGUUACUGUCCUUAAGUUUUGUCUGUUGUAUAGCCGACUACAACUCAAAUGUUAGACUUAAGUAAAAAAAAAAAAAGGUUGUUGCCCCUGUCUGUUGUUAGGGAUUAUUGCCCUUACCAGUAUGAGAGUGUGUUUGCUGCGUCGUAGUUUCGCGUCAGAACCCGACGUCAUUUUAUGACGUAAUUUUAGAGGGACGUAGCGUGAAAAUUAUUUGGAAGAAGGCAGACGGUUGUGAGAAGUGAAGAGAGGCGGACUGAAAGUGUGGAGUGUCCGCUUUGGAUCUUGUGUGUCGAUCCCAGAGAAUAUAUUCGUGGUGUUUGCUUUGGAUCUUGUGUGUUGAUCCCAGAGAAUAUAUUCUUAGUCGUCGACUAGAUAUCUGCCAAGUCAGCACUUACUCCUAUUAAGAACCGGAACGUGUAUGUGGUUUCCCCUAAAAGUUUUGUUCGUGGAUAUCAGUCAAGUGUUGCCAAGACUGCACAACUUCUGGACCAGGGAAAGGGAGGAAUUUACCAGGACGUUUUAUUUUUGGGUUGCACAGACGUUCACUUCAGGCAGUGCGGUGUGAGUAACUAAGACUUUAACGAAAUAUUCAAAAACAUACGUCAGCUUUGAUUUACAUGCCGUGGUGUGGAAGACCUACAGACUUUAUAUAUAUGUAGUUCGCAGUAUCGUGUUUGUGUGUUUAAUUUUGACUGAUAUAAAAGUUUUGUUUGCCCA